AUGAUUGUCUGGAAAUACGCCUUCUUGGCUUCUGCUGCACUUCGGACCGUCGAUGCUCAUGGCACAGUGAAUGGUAUCAUGGCAGAUGGGGUCUUCUAUGAGGGUUACAGUCCGCAGAUGCAGUUCAAGCAACCCCCGCCACAGGUCGUGGGUUGGUCCAUCCCCCAGGACCUGUCCAACGGCUUCGUCGCCGUCGACAAGUACGCAGACCCGGACAUCAUCUGCCACGUCGGGGCAGAGCCAGCGCCCAUCGCCGCCAAGGUGACGGCGGGCUCGAACCUGACCGUCUUCUGGACCGCCGACUGGCCCGAGUCACACCACGGGCCGAUGAUGGACUACCUGGCCCCUUGCAACGGCGACUGCGCCGGUGUCAACAAGGCGGACCUGCAGUUCUUCAAGAUUGACGCCGUCGGGCUCGUCGACGGCACCAAGGCGCCCGGGCGGUGGGGCUCGGAUGACAUGCUCGCCAACAACCGGUCAUGGACCAUGACGAUCCCGGCCGGCAUCGCGGCCGGCCAGUACGUGCUCCGCCACGAGACCAUCGCGCUGCACGAGGCGGGCCGCGAGGGCGGCGCGCAGAACUACCCGCAGUGCGUCAGCAUCGACGUCCAGGGCGGCGGGUCCGAGAAGCCCCCGGGCGUCAGGGCGACGGAGCUAUACAGGGCCAACGACGAGGGCAUCAAGUUCAACAUUUACAAGGACAACCUUGAGUACUCCAUCCCCGGACCGCCGGUGUUGGGCGGGCAGCCGCAGCAGCAGCCGCAGCCGCAGCCGCCGCAGAAUCCUACGCGCCGGCGGAGGAGGGUAGCCGUUGUCUACUGA